AUGACAAUCAGGUACAAGGAAGACCAAGGCCCUGCGGGAUGGAAGGACAGGACUGAAAAGGAAUUACCGGAAGAUCUCCAGGAGACAGUUCAGGAUAAUGGAACUCCCCCAAAAGGUUCCGCUGUGCCUGGAAAUGAGCCCCCUUCGCAGGCGUGCGAGGCGGUGAUUGGCCUUCCAGAGAGUACAGAUAAAGUGAAGUCUUCAAACAACAGAUCACCACCACCUCAGCAACCUGCCCAGUCUCCCUCCCUCGCUCAUACCGCCACAGAAUCAGUUCGGAUUGCACACAUCGAUAUCAAGAUUUCUCUCAUGAGUGACCAAAGCAAUCACCCUGAUAAGCAGCAGGAAGGCCCAGCAUCCGAUGAGCCAAAGUCUCGCUCAGAUGCCGUCACCCUCUUGCGAGCCCGAACAGCCUCUCGCUCGACUCUAACUGAUUCGUCCAAUCCAGUGGACUCUUCUCAGUCCAGAGAACCGAGUCAUGCGGAUGAUAAUCCUCAAUCAGCCGCCACAAGUCACACCCCAGCGACCACAACGGAGCCUACUUCAUCGUCCAAAAAAGAUAAAAAGAAGAAGGCCAAGAAGAAGUACAAAAAGCUCGAUCUCGCGGAGUUUGCACCCAACAUUAGUUCUCCUCCCCAUAGAAGGCGAUCUCACACGGCCAAUAGUCAGUCGAACGCGCAGGUUCCAGAAUCUGAGCCCCAGACGAAGAGAGAUGAUCUCUGUGAUAUUGAUUCAUCCUCAGCGCAGAGCAAAUGCAGCCCCAAAGUUGACUCGCCAUCACACACAAAAGAAACCAAGCCCGUGGAUUAUUCUGCGGCCGUCAAGGGUUAUAAUUCCCAGGGCAAACAUGUCUUGCAGGCCGAAAAGAAGCCCCAGGCCAAGGGAACCCAGUCUAAAGAGCCAACUAGCGAGAAAAAUAGCAAGGAGGUCCAUGAUUUGCCGGCAACUCAGUCCAAAUCUGCAAGAUCAAACAAGAAAGGAAAACGGCGCGUUGCCAGAGUCAACCCAGUCACAGGAGAUGAGAUUCCAGAAGAGCCUCAAGGAAGCUCUUGCUUGCCAGCGCCCAGCACGCCCAUUGCCAGUAUUGAAAAUGGAGUGAAGGGCAUCACUUUAGACCAAAGCACCACCGAACCUCCAGCGGCCGCGACAGCGAUUUUGACUCCACCUCCUCGCUCAGCCCAGUCCUCGCGCAGGGGCACUAAUGUCCACAUGAGAGAGAAGCUAUCCACUAUACAGGAAACAGCAGGGGACACGGAUAACGAUGUCAAAGAUCUCACAUCUGAAACCCGCAGUCUUCUCACGAGCACGCCGAAGUCGUCGACCACCAUCUGGAGCAAUCUCGGACCCCAAGCCACGCCACAGAGUGAAAGGUCCACCCUCGAAUCGGAUGAGAAUAGUCACCGACGCCAUGGAAGUUCUGGCAAGUCGCAGGCUACUGCUUCAGGUCAGAGCCAAACUAGUCAUGCCCACCCUGUGUCCCCGGCUAGAAGCGAGCAAUCCACUCUGACGGCACCAAGCACCCAGGGGAGCGUAUCGAGACAAAAGCCGGAGGACUUCUUCUGGCAGCUAGACAGCCAUGGCUUCCCUUGCGCAAUGUCGGGAUGUGAUAAACGCUGUAACUUGUGGGAUGGAGCAACUGUGAUUUGUGCUCGCUGUGGCCCCUACUCUGAGCUUCGCUACUGUUGCAAAGAGCACAUGUUCCAGGAUGUCAAAUGGCACUGGCUGUAUUGCGAACAGAUGACCUUCGAGCACCCCUGUCGGGAAUCUUCAAUUCCUCGUCAAGUAAGAGAAGGCCCACCUAUGGUGCCAUGCAUUCACCCCUACGACACGCCGGAACGUCAUCGUCAAGCGGUGCGUUUCAGCGCAGACACCGGAACAGGAGAUUAUUUCAUAUUCUCAGAUUGGGCAGAUCUCGUCGCAGCUAGGUUCCCCGAAAACAACCUAGAUGUUCGCUGCUCCCACAGGGUUAUCUAUGUUAUCAAAUUCGACGACCCAAUCGAAAAGGAUCGCUUCCGUCGGGUGCUCGCCACUUGUCUCUUCCUGACUAUCGACGUUCACGAACUGGUGGAUUACUUGUUUCGACUGAUCCGGGACAAACUGCGCUCAGAGGGAAGAGCCCAAGAGUUGGAAGUGGCAGUAAAAUACCAAUUUCAAUCGGAAUUUAAUGUGACAAUCCAGGACCUAAUCACUGGGACCAGACACGCCUGCGAGACGGACUGGAACGGGAAGAAUCGUCGCAACUGCCCUGACGCUUCCUGUCGAGCUGAAUACCGCCGUCUGCUUGGGUCUCCUCCUGGUGGAGGUCACGGGCAGUUGAUUGACCAUCUCGAAGGAACCUACUGGAUUUUGCGGACUGCACGAACGACCCAUCCUAACGUUUCCAGUAUCAUUGAGCGCAUGAGAGGAGAGGGUUUUGAUCAAGUGGCCGACGAAGAUCGACGAGUGUUCCGUCGCGGAGAGGGAUGGGACGGGGCCGGUACUGGAGACAUGGAGAUCGAAGAUAUGAAUGCUUGA